GCUCGGGGGAUUGGGCCCGGGAGCCGAGGGCACGCCCACUCCGUGCCCGGCGGCGCGGCGGCGGACCUCCCCGCCCCGCGCCCGGCGCGUGCUCGCUCGGAGCGCGCGAUGUUCGGGUACGCGACCGCGCGGCAGCUCACGGACACGGAGAGCGACACCGCGGAGGAGCCGCUGGGGGCCCCCCGGCCGCUCCGCCCCCGGCGCGUGGCGGCGGCCCUCUGCGCCCCCGCGCUGCUCGUGUGGGCCAGCUGCUCCGUGGCGGCCACCACCGGAGAGGUGAGACCCUCCGCGCCGGGUAUGAGGGGCGACGCCGUGCUCGACGUUGUGAGCAAGGAGGGAAAGCAGCGGAUGCUCCAGGACGACGACGUGAAGGCCCAACAGAGUUUCAGCAAGGCGGACACGGACGACAGCCGCUUCAUCGAUAACAAAAUGGAGUUCAGCAGAUUGAUCCAGAGGGGCAUGAAGAAUUCAACAACUUGA